CAGAACCUAUUGGAGAACUGGCAUUAAUGAUCGGUUACAGUGGAAGGAGCAUUCUAUGAUUUUUGCUAUGCCAAAGAAGCCUGGACAUUUCAGUCGAUUUGAUUUUCCUGAAGUCCUCCCUGCUCCUUUGAAUGGAAUAUGGGCAAUAUUGAGGAACAAUGAGAUGUUGACUUGGCCAGAGAAAGUCAAGUUUGCUAUUGGAUUGCUGCCAGCUAUUCUUGGCGGGCAGGAUUACGUUGAGGCUCAAGAUGGAUUAUCUGUUCAAGAGUGGAUGAGAAAGCAGGGUGUGCCUGAUCGAGUAACUGAUGAGGUGUUCAUAGCAAUGUCAAAGGCCCUAAACUUCAUCAAUCCUGAUGAACUUUCAAUGCAGUGUAUCUUGAUAGCUUUAAACCGAUUUCUUCAGGAGAAGCAUGGUUCAAAAAUGGCCUUUUUGGACGGGAAUCCCCCGGAAAGACUAUGUAUGCCAAUUGUUGAUCAUAUUCAGUCCUUGGGUGGUGAAGUUCAUCUCAAUUCUCGCAUUCAAAAACUUGAGCUGAAUGAUGAAGGGACUGUAAAGAAUUUGUUAUUAAAUAAUGGGAAGGUGAUUGAAGGAGACGCUUAUGUGUUUGCAACUCCAGUUGAUAUCCUAAAGCUUCUUCUGCCUAACGACUGGAAAGAAAUUCCCUAUUUCAAGAAAUUGGAGAAACUGGUGGGAGUUCCGGUCAUAAAUGUUCACAUAUGGUUUGAUAGAAAACUGAAGAACACAUAUGAUCACCUACUUUUUAGCAGAAGUCCCCUUCUGAGUGUAUAUGCUGACAUGUCAGUGGCUUGUAAGGAAUAUUAUAGCCCAAACCAGUCUAUGCUGGAGUUGGUUUUUGCACCAGCUGAAGAAUGGAUUUCACGCAGUGAUGAAGAUAUUAUUGAGGCCACAAUGAAGGAACUUUCCAAACUCUUUCCGGAUGAAAUUUCUGCGGACCAAAGCAAAGCAAAGAUAGUCAAGUAUCAUGUUGUUAAAACGCCAAGGUCUGUUUACAAAACUGUUCCAAAUUGUGAGCCCUGCCGUCCUGUACAAAGAUCUCCCAUAGAGGGUUUCUAUUUAGCCGGUGAUUACACAAAACAAAAGUAUUUAGCUUCAAUGGAAGGUGCCGUUCUUUCCGGAAAGCUCUGCGCGCAGGCUAUUGUACAGGAUUCUGAGCUGCUUAUUGCACGGGGGCAGAGGAGGAGGAUCGAAGCAAGUGUUUGAUUAAGUCUGGAAUUACACUUGUGGAUAAGCAUCGUUCUGAAGCUUUCAUCAAGUCACCAUUAAUCAUAUCAUACCAUUAAAGAUCCAGCUUUUGCAACCAUGGAGCCUUUUCAUGGGGAGAUUUUCUAGAUUAUUUGUGGCAAAUAUCUACCUUGUAGACGAUGUGGACAAUAAUACACA